CAUUCCGAGCAACACGUCUUUGUCCAAUUUUUAAAGGCAUAGCAAAUUUUGCCACAGUUCAAAAUUCAACAGCUAGUCGUACAUACGGUAAUCUUAAGGACGAAGAUCGUAUUUUUACGAACCUAUACUUGCGACAUGACUUUCGACUAAAGGGUGCGCUAAAGAGGGGUGACUGGUAUAAGACAAAAGAAAUUCUCUUGAAAGGGCACGAAUGGAUUUUACAAGAGAUUAAAGCGUCUGGUCUUAGAGGUCGCGGUGGAGCUGGAUUUCCGUCAGGCUUGAAAUGGAGUUUUAUGAAUAAGCCAUCGGAUGGCCGUCCUAAGUAUCUGGUAGUGAAUGCUGACGAAGGAGAACCAGGCACAUGUAAAGAUCGAGAGAUUAUGCGUGGAGAUCCUCAUAAACUAAUUGAAGGGUGUUUGGUUGCUGGUCGAGCUAUGAACGCCAAUGCUGCUUACAUAUAUAUUAGAGGUGAAUUUUAUAAUGAAGCCUCGAAUGUGCAGGAAGCGAUUAAUGAAGCUUAUGCAGCUGGACUUAUCGGAAAGAAUGCAUGCGGUUCUGGAUAUGAUUUCGAUGUAUAUAUUCAUCGUGGUGCCGGGGCUUAUAUUUGUGGGGAAGAAACAGCCUUGAUUGAAUCACUCGAGGGUAAACAAGGUAAACCCAGAUUAAAACCCCCGUUUCCAGCUGAUGUUGGUUUAUUUGGUUGUCCAACCACCGUCGCUAACGUUGAAACUGUGGCUGUUGCACCUACUAUUUGUAGAAGAGGUGGAUCAUGGUUUGAUAGUUUUGGUCGUGACAAGAACAGCGGUACAAAGCUCUUCUGUAUUUCUGGUCACGUAAACAAUCCUUGUACUGUUGAAGAGGAAAUGAGUAUUCCUUUGAAAGAACUUAUUGAACGUCAUUGUGGUGGAGUUCGCGGUGGAUGGGAUAAUCUUCUAGCCAUCAUACCCGGUGGUUCAUCGGUUCCAGUUAUUCCUAAGCACAUAUGUGAUGAUGUGUUAAUGGACUUUGAUGCACUUCGUGAUGUUCAAUCUGGCUUGGGCACGGCUGCAGUAAUUGUGAUGGAUAAAUCCACUGAUAUUGUCCAAGCAAUUUCUCGCUUGUCUGAUUUCUAUAAACAUGAAAGUUGUGGGCAGUGCACACCAUGUAGAGAGGGUACAAAAUGGCUUAUGG